AUGCAAGCGACUGCAAAGCUUAUCAAUGCUCCUCGCCGAACCGCAGCCUACGAUGUCCCCAGAGCCUGGAAAACAUUGAUCGCGGCCUCAUCACCAGUAGAGCUUAUUAAGAAUAAGUUCUUGAAGGAAGCAAGGGCCGAAGUAAUACAAGAGAUGAAGAAGGCCGGUCGCGUGGUGCCCAAGUUUUCUGCUGAUGGAAAAAUCGCAGUGAUUCGCAUCAACUCGAAAGCACAGAUUCAUGCCCUCAUUGCAGCACGCCAGGCUCGCCUAUUGUUUUCGAGGCAGCUCCAAGUCGUGAUGGUAGCGAAUGAAGGCUACGCGAGAGGCUUUGUCAACUAUUCGUGUCGCGUUCCAACGUGCGCCAGGGGCAGAGAUCCUCCUGUCAACAUCCCAGAAAUUCUUGUUCAAGCAGCAGAAGAAGCAGAAGACGAUUCGUUGAGAGAGCGAUUGGGAACUAGGUUCGGUGGUGGUCACAAGAACGCAAGCGGCGGAAUGAUUCCCCAAGCUGCAUUCGAAGAAUUCCUGGAGGCCAUCGGAGUCUCAGGCGAUGAAGAGCCAUCGCCUUCGCCUUCGCCGAAGAAAUCACCCAAGGGUUCUGCAAAUUAG